AUGGAGUCUCCGUUGGAGACCGCGCCCGGGCCGGGCCCCGAGACCCCAGAGCGCCGCGGGCAGCGCUGCCUGCUGCUGUCUGGCUUCCGAGAGGAGCUGCGGGCGCUCAUGGUCCUGGCGGGCCCCGCGGUGAGUCUGGUGGCCUCGGUUGCAGGCUGGUCCCGGCAGGAUGGGAGUUUGAAGACCCAUAUUGCCAUGGUGCUCGUGCGCCGCCGCACAGAUGGCGCAGCUGGCUCUCGACGGCUCCCGCGGCUCCCGCCUUCUGAGUUGGGACAGAUUGGGGAGCGGCGACCUGAGCGCCUAAGGGGACUCUCUCCCCGGCCUCAACGGGAGAAGAUUAUCAAUGUCACUGGUGUUUCAGUGGGCCAUGGCUUAUCUUCUGCUUGUGACACCCUCAUCUCCCAGACGUAUGGGAGCCAGAACCUGAAGCAUGUGGGCGUCAUCCUGCAGAAGAGCGUGCUCAUCCUGCUCCUCUGCUGCCUUCCCUGCUGGGCGCUCUUCAUCAACACCCAGCACAUCCUGUUGAUCUUCAGGCAGGACCCCGACGUGUCCAGGCUCACCCAGACCUAUGUCAAUGUCUUCAUUCCAGCUCUUCCUGCGACCUUUCUUUAUACAUUACAAGUUAAAUACUUGCUCAACCAGGGAAUUGUUCUGCCUCAGAUUCUGACUGGAGUCGCAGCCAACUUUGUCAAUGCCUUCACCAACUAUCUCUUUCUCUAUCAGCUGCAUCUUGGGGUGAUGGGUUCCGCGCUGGCCAAUACGAUCUCCCAGUUCACCCUGGCCCUCCUCCUCUUUCUCUACAUCCUUGGGAGAAAACUGCACCAAGCCACCUGGGGAGGGUGGUCCCUCGAGUGCCUGCAGGACUGGGCCUCCUUCCUGCGCCUGGCCAUCCCCAGCAUGCUUAUGCUAUGUAUCGAGUGGUGGGCCUUCGAGAUUGGCAGCUUCCUGUGCGGUGUCCUCGGCAUGGUGGAGCUGGGAGCCCAGUCCAUCGUUUAUGAGCUGGCCGUCAUCAUGUACAUGGUCCCCAGUGGCUUCAGUGUGGCAGCCAGUGUCCGGGUAGGAAAUGCAUUGGGUGCUGGGAACAUCGAGCAGGCAAAGAAGUCCUCAGCGAUUGUCCUGCUGGCUACAGUGCUUUUUGCUGUAUUCUUUUGUGUCCUGAUGUUAAGCUGUAAGGAUCUGGUGGGCUACAUUUUCACUACUGACCGAGACAUCAUCGCUCUGGUGGCUCAGGUGGUCCCCAUUUAUGCUGUGUCCCACCUCUUUGAAGGGCUUGCUUGUGCGAGCGGCGGCAUUCUGCGGGGCACUGGAAACCAGAAGGUUGGAGCCAUCUUUAAUGCCAUUGGGUACUACGUGAUUGGCCUCCCCAUCGGGAUCGCGCUCAUGUUUGCCACCAAGCUUGGCGUGAUCGGUCUGUGGUCAGGAAUGGUGAUCUGCAUCAUCUCUCAGGCUGUGUGCUUUCUAGCUUUCAUUGCUCGGCUCAACUGGAAACACGCCUGUCAACAGGCUCAAGUGAAUGCUAAUUUGAAGGUAAAUAUGGCUGUGAAUGGGAAUUCUGCCGUCUGUCAGGAUCCUGCUCAGCCAGUGGGUCCUGAGAACCAUGGAGAAAUUUUAAUGAGAGAUAUUGGCACAAAGGAUGAGACUCAUUUGGAUCAACAGGUGCACCAGCAACAACCUUUGCCUAUCCAUCCAAAAGAGAGCAAUAUUUUGUCUAGGAAGCAGCUGGUGCUCCGACGAGGGCUCCUGCUUCUGGGGCUUGUUUUAGUCUUGGUGGCAGGGAUUUUAGUGAGAAUAUAUGUCAGAAUUCCGUGA